AUGUCUCUCGUUAUCUCGCCCGAGUUCCAGCACAUCCUUCGUAUCCUCAACACCAACAUCGAUGGCCGCCGCAAGGUGCAGUACUCGCUGACCUCCAUCAGGGGAGUGGGUCGCCGUUUUGCCAACCUUAUCUGCAAGAAGGCUGAGGUUGACCCCAACAAGCGGGCCGGAGAGAUGACCGCUGACGAGAUCGAGAAGCUCGUGGCGAUCAUCCAGAAUCCCCGCCAGUUCAAGAUCCCUGACUGGUUCCUCAAUAGGCAAAAGGACUGGAAGACCGGCAAGACCACCCAGAUCUCGUCCCAGACCAUCGACCAGAAGCUUCGAGAUGACCUUGAGCGGCUGAAGAAGAUCCGCUCCCACCGUGGUAUCCGCCACUACUGGGGCGUGCGCGUGCGCGGCCAGCACACCACGACCACCGGACGCCGCGGAAAGAUCGUGGCGGCAGGCGGUCGGAAGUAA